ACACAAUUAAUGUUUGAUCAGUUUGGGAAUCGUAUAAAAGCUGGCCGCUGCCAACGAAAGCCGUACAGAACGUGGCCGAGGGUCUUGAAGUAAAAGUUAAUUGCCAGUAGAGCCUGUUGAUAUCGAUUGAUCUUUGUGGAUUCCAAGAGACAAGAUGAGAGCUUUUAUCAUAUUUGCCCUACUCGCACUGGCGCAGGCCGAGGAGCUGGACAAGCCGGAGCAGCAGUUGCCUCAUCCCAUCGAGCUGCCGGCUCACGUUCAAACCCUGAUAACCAAUCACAUCAAUCAUGUGUUGGCGCAGAAGCCAAACGGGCAGCCUACAACGCUGAGCGGCCACGUGCCACAGGUUGCAGAUGGCAAGGGAAAUGGGCAUGGAAAUGCACAGGCGAAUGCAGCAGCAGUGCCGCAUUUGGAUUUGCUGCCACCACACGUUGAACGGCCGAAGGUGCCGCAGGUGAUAAAUCAUCAGGCAACGGCCACAUGGCAGCAUGCGGCUCCUGUUGUGGGCUACAACAAAGUGGUGAUGCCGCCGGUGUCGCAGAUUGUGGUCUCAGUGCCCGGCCAAGCGCCGCUGGACAUUGGCGACAAGGUCAACAAGGUACAGCAGCACGUCAGCCAUGUGAUGCAACAGGCGCAGACGCACAUACCUCAAGCCAUCAAUCAGUCGAUCAAAGAGCACGAGAAGCUUCAGGCGCAAAAGCAGAAGCAGCAAAGCAGCAGCACCUCGACCACCAGCACCACCAGCAGCACCACCACGACAGCUCAGCCUAGCCACUAUACGCCGCGUUUGCUGACAGCCGAUGAACAAGUGCCUGAGCUGCUCGAGCAGCAACGCGAGCUACAGAAACUGGGCAAAUGCAACUUCCAAUGUCCAGAAAAAUCGCUGCCCGUCUGCGCCACCAAUGACAAGUGCGUUGUCGAGUUCCCAGGACAAUGUGAGCUGAGCGAAUGGAACUGCUUUAAUACCAAGAACGUAUUCCAUCAAGUGCACGACGACGAGUGCAAUAAUACAAUCAAAUGCUAUGAUCAAGAUAUGAUGUAGAGAGAGCAUCGGAACGAAAGGAAGAGACAGAGGGAGAGAGAGACGUUUGUAAGCAGUUUUACAAUUCCUAACUAACUAUAUAAUUAAU